GAGAGAUCAGAUGACUUCUACGGGCGAUCGGAGACGCGACGACGCCGGCAGCAGCGGCUUGGUGGCCGGAACCCGGUUCUUCAAGAUCAUCCUUCAGAGCACCCUUCGCGACAGAAAGCUCCUGAUUCCUGGUAAAUUCGUCGGAAACGGCGACGAGGGUUUGCCGAAAUCCGCAAUCUUGAAGGUCCCAAGUGGCGCGACGUGGGCGGUGGAUGUGGUUAGGGACGAAAUCGGGGUCUGGUUCAGCAAUGGAUGGGGGGAAUUCGCGGAGUUCCACUCGUUGGAAUUUGGGCAUUUCUUGGUUUUCGAGUACGAGGGUUGCUCCAGAUUCUCCGUAGUCAUAUGUGAUAAGACUGCUGUUGAGAUUGCUUACCCGAUUCCCAGAACUUGUGAAGCAAAUGUUGGAGGAAUUGAGGAUUGCUUUGAUACCCGCAUGAGAAAGAAGUCGAAAACCCUAAUUGAGGUUUCUCAGCGUCAAGUUCAGAGCAAGAAGAAGAUGAGGAUGAAUGGUAGUAUUUCUGAUGGAAUACCAGAAUCAAGGUGGGCAAGCUCGAUCAGUCCAAGCUUCUUCAUUACCAUAAGUCAAUACAUGGAGAAAUAUGCAGUAAGUUUAGUAAUUCCAAUCGAAUCGAUGCAAUCCACCUCUUUUUAAGCAGGCUUCUCUCAAGAAAAUCUGAUCUCUCUCGCGGUCUUUUUCUUCUCAAUGAACAUGUAGACUGUGCCGAUUGAUUUUGUGAUCAAACACAUGAAGCUUGAGAAAAGCACUGUGAUGGUUUAUGGUGAAGAUGGCUUGGGCCCGUGGUGCUUGUCCUUCGUCUUUAGACCAGACCGUAAACCUCGAAGGGGACGUGGACGGGGCUUCUUCUGUGGCGGUUGGUCAACAUUCUGUAAUGGCAACUCUCUGAAACUAGGGGAUGUCUGCCGAUUCAAGCUCAUCUCCAGCAAUAAGAUGGAAGUGACUAUUCAGAGGAAUCAAGUUGAUGUGCUGUGUUAGUUGUCGCUUUUUGUGUGUUUAGGAGUGACGAUGCAGAUGAGAGUAGGAGACUACUAGUUUGUAGCUGAGGGAACUAAUUCGUAAGAGAAUGUGUUUAAUUAGAUUCUGCCUGUUGUUUGUUGUGUUCUUUGGAAUACUGUUCCUCUUUAUGCUUUGCUUGGGUUGAAAUUUUGCACCAGGGAAGAAAACUUAUUAAUGCUUCAUGAGGAUGCAGGACUUUUGUCUGCCAUGCCAUCUUUCAUCUUUGUUUCUUCAGUUUAACAUUUCUGUGUCCAGCCAGCUGCAAAUGAAAUUAAUGUAAAAAGGAA